GGAGAUCCUUCAAAUAGAACUUACUGAUCUGGUUAUGUGUGAUAGAAGCAGCUGAUUUGAUUAACAUGGCGGCAUUAAAAGGAUGCGUUUCGGCUAUUUGCAAUGUUCUACCGAAGAAUAUAAAUUUAUUAGGAUAUAGUUUUCAGCAAGUACGAAACUUUGUUGGCUGCAGACAGUUGCGCGACAGAAAGCGUAGAAGAUGGGCAAAGCAAUAUGCUGAAGAGCGAUUACGUUUGGUUGCCUUGAAACGAAAUAAUAUCUUACCGAAAGAGAUAAUAACACUCGCCGGAAAGCAAAUAGAUGAAACAAUUCCCAGACAGACUGCUUUGAGACAAUUGACGCCAAGAUGCGUGGUUACUUCUCGAGGUCGAGGUGUUGUGCUUCGGUGGAGAAUAUCGCGAUUCAUCUUCCGUGAUUUGGUCGACUACAAUAAAAUGGCUGGAGUACAACGUGCCAUUUGGUAGACUAAUAUACAUCAAUAUCAAUUAUAUAUUAUAUUUUCAUUAUGUUAGAAUAUUAAUGUAGUGUAAAUAAUACACAAGUGGGGAUGUAAAUAAAAUUUUAGAAAAUAAAAAUUAUCUUAUUA